CACCAAACAAACAGAUAAUAAAUAUUAAAAAAAAAACAUAAAAUAAAAAAAAAUAAAAAUUGUUUCUGCGUUGCUCUGUUCUUCUUCUUCUCUGUCGUUUCGUUCCUUCCAUCUUUGGAUUUUUGCAGACAACUACUACGUGAUGGGUUUUCUUCACAAGCUCUGGGACGAAACGCUGGCGGGACCCGCACCUGAAACGGGUCUGGGCAAGCUCCGCAAGUAUAAUUCUCUUUCCGCCGUCGGAGUUCGGUCUACGGCGGCGGAGGAUGUCCCCAUCAGCCGCAGCAUCACCAUUGUUCGCACCCAAUCUGGUUUUAGAACUACCUCCUCCGCCGCCUCGGAACCUGCCUCUCCUUCUCCCCCUUUCACCCCUCGCACCCCACGUACCCCGGAGACGCCUGGCGGUGAUUUUAAGAAGUUCACGAGGAAAAAAUCGUCAGCUGUGGAGAGCGCCGAGCUUAGAAGUCCGACCAUUUACGAUUGGAUAAUUAUGAGUGCUUUGGAUCGUUGUUGAGAGAGGAAGUGAGAUGUUCAUUCGGCAGAGGCAGAGGGAUUCCGUUUCCUGUACAUAUACAACAAUAACAACACAGAUUCCAAUUUCCAAUGGGAAUCAUAUCCUAUUGCACAUUAUGCUUCUUAUAUUUUAUUAUUACAUAUGUAUAUAUUAUAUAAUAUCUAUGAGUACCUGUUUAUAUCAAAUGGCUCAGAUGAUGCAGAUUGAGCCAAUGCUUCUAGGAUUCUGAGGAUGUAAAGGAGUAAAAAGCCAGCUUCUGCAUAUAUUUGUACAUAUUGUUUUGUUUUUCAUUACUGUGUUUUUGGCUGAUUGUAAAUAUGGAUUUUGUACUUUGAUAUGUCUAUCAAUGAAACUCAGUGAAGCUUUAUAUAUA